ACGUGGCCCCAUUUAGCUGUCGUUUGAUAUAAAAUAUGCAACUGCAAUAAAAUAUUGAACUGCAAAUGUGGCUAAUAAAAACAUGCACGACUGUCUCAAUAGCAGAAAUUGCGACAUAAAUUUGAUACUUCUGUGUCUCUUGCAGUCAAUGUAAGAUCAAGGGCCAUUAAUCACACACGUGGAGGCUAGAUCGUUGGACUGUAUAUAACUGUUCCCCUCUCGGACCUGUGUCAUUCCCACCUUCUACCAGCCCGCUGCCUUCAACUAGCCUGCUGCUCUCUACUGUCAUCUCACCUUCACUAAACUUCAACAUGAGGUACAAAUUCGUGCUGCUGGGUCUUUUGGCCUUCGUAUGUGCCACUUCAGGCUACGUUCUGAAGGACCAGGACGAUGCACUUGGCGACACCGACGACCGUCCAGAACGGGUCGUCUUCGAAGACGACGAUGGGGACAGGGCCGAACAGAGCGAUGUUGCUGACAUUGAAUUAAGGAGAAACAGCCGCCAGAAGCACGGACGCGGCCACCAAGGACGCGGACACAAACACGGACACGGUCAGGGACACGGACACGGUCAGGGACACGGACAUCAUCAUAGACACACAACCAGGAGGACUACUAAAACCACCACUCCAACCACUACUAGAACAACUACCACAACUCCAACCACUACUAGAAGAAUUACCACAACUCCAACCACUACUAGAACCACUACCACAACUCCAACCACUACUAGCACAACGACCACCACUCCAACCACUACUAGCACAACGACCACCACUCCAACCACUACUAGCACAACGACCACCACUCCAACCACUACUAGCACAACGACCACCACUCCAACCACUACUAGCACAACGACCACCACUCCAACCACUACUAGCACAACGACCACCACUCCAACCACUACUAGCCCAACUACCACCACCACCGCCACUACUACCACAACGACCACCACCACAGCUAACAAAGAAUAUGAACAGACAGAAACACAGCCAGGACCAGCAGCAAGAAUAUGA